UUUGUCAAACUUGGCCGCCGAGGAUCCAGCCGACUAGUCCACUCUUUAUCAGUCGUCACAAACGCCCCCGCCCCGCCCGUUGACAAGCUGCUUCUUCCUUGACCUGUCCACCACCGCCGGCUGGGCUAUAUAUGGCUCCAAACCAAACGCGUGCCUCCGCAAGCCAGAGAGAGCCACUUUUCACCUUGCAGUUCCACAACACAGAGAUCCAGAUACCAGGAUGGGCGCGACGCUCCUGCAGGCGGUGGCGUCGCUCCUGACCAGGCUGCAGCGGGCGGCGCGGAGGAUGGCCGCCGGAACCGCUGGAGGUGGGGGUGGGAAGGGCUCGCCGCGGGCCCAGGCCGCCGUGGCGCAGUGGAAGAAGACCUUUUCGUCGCUGGCGCCGGCGUCUGGGACGACGACCAACAAGGAGGCCGCCGAGCCCGGGGUGUGGACAAAGGAGAUCCUCAUGGGGGAGCGCUGCCAGCCGCUCGACUUCUCCGGGGUCAUCUACUACGACGCCGAGGGCCGCCGCCUCGCGCAGCCGCCGCCGCCCAGGUCGCCCAUGCGCAGCCCGCUCCCGGCCUCACACGGGCUCGCCGCCGCCCACGCCCGCGCCUACUAGCUAGUGGCUAGGGUACUAGGCUACUAGCUUGUGUGCCUAGCUAGUGGUAGUGGAGGAUCACACCGAUUGGAUACUUGAAAAAAAAACAGAGUCGUCUGUCACUCUUCUUGGACCGGUGGCAUUUGCAGCUGUAUAACUGUAUUGUACAUGAUAUGAGAUUGGGUGUUCUUGUCCUUGUUUCCAUGGCAUGAUACUAGCUGUGCUGUAAUUGUAGGCUACGCAAGGGCUCAUUGAGGAUUGUGUGCUCAGCUCAUCUUCAUGUACAGUUUGUACGGAAGAUGGCCCACAGGUUUUUUUAUAUAUAAUAUUCCCUGCAAGUCUAAGG